AUGUCGGUCCCCUCCUGUCUUCCACCAUUCGACAGUCUAGCUGCCCGAAUCGGCAUGUUUGAACUCUCCAACAUACUAACACAUGCUAAAUGGCUAGAAUUCUUCAUAAGACUCAUACCAACGGAGAAGCUUCGAACAGAAUUAUAUCUCCUGCAUUUCGUACUCAAAGGUCGAGUCUAUCUCGGUGAUACUUGGCAGAUAGUUGCAGGACAGCGAGACUUUAUGGAGGAGAAGAGGGACCGUUGUCAGCUGGAAGUAUCUCUCUGCAGCCAGGCCAUCGAUCAUGUAGAGCAGCGCUGGACUAUACCAACUUCAAGACGCAUUAUGGAACCCACAACUGCCUAUUCGGUAGCUACGCGAAACAAGUGUGAAAGUUGGUUAAGGAGGCAAAAAAAUGACCCCAUUCCACCGAAAGAAAUUGCAUCGAUCGAAAGUGCCUCGCCCCUACUUGGUUCUUCUUCGGCUGUUGGUCAGUUUUCCCUUCUGCACCUCGAAAAACGAACACUGGUCACCGUGAAUUCCGAUGACCCCUCGUUCAGCCUACAGAGUACAUGGGUCACCAUAUGCCUCCAGGAGGCGUUCCAGGAAGCUCGCAAAGUGGAAUUAUCCACGCAGGCGAGACUGAUGUCAAUGUACCUUGACGUUGAAGGAUACCACACUCACCAUCGUAAUGCCCAUUCGGAGCUAAUUUUCUUGCGCGCCAAGAUGCGCCGCGCCCAAGCCGAGGCAGCUGUUUAUACACUGGCCCUUGAAAAUUCCCCUGCGUCAACCUACUCUGACAGCGAUUCAGAUUCAUCACCACGCCCAGUUCUUCCCCAGCAUCCACCAGAGGAAGUGCAUCGCUACAUGGAGUGCAUGGAUGUCGAAUCAAUCAACUCUCGCACUGACUCUGACUCAGAUGCAUGUCCGCAUUUCGGUCACGGUGUGAUACGAGCGUACAUCCAUUCAUCUAAGUACGAAAGCUCAGAAGGUAUAGGAAUACCUCUGUCUCAAGGAGCAACACUGAGGUGGUUAUCAGGCACUCAUAUCUUCAUAUCCUGUUAUAAGCAAUUGAAAUUACGUCUUCGCUUUGCUUCUCAGGAAUAUCAUCAGCAUGACGCGGUAAAGACAGGAGACAGAACACAACAACACAGCAUGACGUACUGCGCAACUGAGGUGACAAAUCAAAUAUUUUGUCAAGCCAUCGUGGUAUAUGCUAGUUCGGUGUCAAUGUGA